AUGUCGUUUCAAUGUGUAGAAGUAACACAAAAAAAUAAGCCAGAUAGAUUCAAUAAAAUCUUUCUUUUAGGUGCAGUCGAGACAGUACCACCGUACAGGAUGCCGCCGGCGCCUGAAGCGGCCCUACCCGGCGCACCCGCACCGUCCACCCCCGCUGCACUGCAUACACAUUCAGCGAAGUUUCCCAUAGAGCGUGAAGUGAUUCUCUCGUCAGGCGACAAAAGCUCCAAAGUGCCCAUCUUACAGGAAGCCAGGAAGAGAGGACGAUUGGCAGCAGUUGCACCUGAUACUCCUCCGAAAGCUCUAUCUGCCUGGACUCAUGCUGAGAAUCAACAAGCUGGGACGUCCGGAGACUUUAGACAGUACGAACAGAACUACGGAUACACGAUGCACCAAAACCAAAAUCUUGUUCAAGGAGCAGUUGCAAGAACCAUUCAAAACUACGACUCUCCCAAACCACCAGUACCAGCCAAAAAUACUUAUAAACCAGAACAAAACAAUUCACAUAUCACAGUCACAGUGGAAACUGGCAAAGACAACACUCGAGAUGCGCCAAAAAGCAGUAAAUCUGUUAGCAAAACGUAUCAUACCUUAAAAGAUAUGAUUUCAAGUAGGUUUAAAAAUAAAGAUGGUAAUGAAGAAAAAGCAGAAGAACCAAGACUUAAUAAUAUAGAAGAGAGAAAAAGACCGGAACCAGAGCAAGUAACGCCGAGAGAGCAAGUCACUCCGCCAAGAAAGGUAGAGCAAGGGAUAUAUGGAAGGCCGAUGCCACAGACUCGACCUGACAUGCAAUACGGACAUGUCAUGGCGAACAAUAUGGCUUAUCCUAGUCCUUCACCACAUAGACAGCUUAUCCAGCAACAACAGCAGUUAGUGCAACAGCAAUUGCUCUUGAACCAGCAAGCCCGGUCUCAAGAGAUGCUCGCGAGCCGGCCGCAGGCGCUCGGCGCGGACGCGCUCUACCAGCAGUACGGGCCGCCGGGGCGGCGCAGUGCCGUAUACCAACGAGAUGUGGAUGUGAGGUCCAUGGCCAACUUUACAUCUUUGAAAUCUGGACCACAGCCUCAGUUUGACAACUCACAUUCAAGGCUGGAUCUCAGAAGUCCUCAGCAAUUAGAAAGGGAAAUAGUACGACAAAGAGGCUUAGUAGAGGGUAGAAGGGCUGCUUCACAUCCCCAUCUCUUAGAUGAGCCACAACACAGACAAGAGAUCACAACCCCACAAAUACACGAUCGAUCUAGAAGAAAUUCCCAUGGAAACUUGUUAGAUAGUAUACCAAAUGAAAGCCCAAGAAAUGAAGAGAGAGAAUCUGAUGAUGGAGGCUUUAGGAUGAGACUUGCAGCUCAAGGCAGGUCCAGUUUCGAAGAUAGAACACGAACUAGUGGCAGAUCAGUAGAAUCCCAACGACAGGAACGACAUGAAAUGUACAGAAGGACACCUGAUAGUCAAAAAGAAUCGAGAAGAACUCCAGACUCUGUAGGUCAUAGACAAAAUGAUGCCUCAACAUCUAGUGAAGUAAUGGAAAGAAAUGACGAUAUUGUCAGUCAAAAAUCUGUAGACAGUGUAUAUAAUUCUAGCGCUAAAGCUGAAGCCUUCAACCCGCAGCCAUCUUCGUCGAGACAAACACCGAAUAGAAUUGAGGAUUUAAAAGCGAGUGGAAAGAAAGGAGCGAGUGGGUCAGGAGCUAGCUCAGACUACGACAAAAACGGCGGUCAGUCGUCCAACGUGGACUCCGGGCGCGGCAGCGCGGCGUACUCCAGCGGGCGGCGGCGCGCCGGCGCCUGCGACGACGCGCCGCGUGCCGCCGCCGGCCGCCAGGACGAGCCGCCCGCUGUAGAAAACGAAUGGGCGGACCUGGUGGAGUGUGAACUGCGGCAGAUCCUGGAGCCCAAGCUGUCCAGCAUGCGCCUGGACAGCUCCGGCAGCUCCGACGGCUCCAUGACGCCGCCGCUACCGCCGCAGUCGCCUUCUUCAGACUUACAUAAGAGGAAUAGCCUCCCGGGGCGGUCGUCGGAGUACCCGGAGGAGCGGCGCCGCGCGCGCGACUCGCCGCGCUGGCACUCGCAGAAGAAACACUCCUCGAAACGCGAUCACCAUUAUAAAAAGCAUUUGUUCGGGCUGGACACGACGGACAUGGCGUCGAGCACGACGCGCAGCCUGGACCUGUCGUCGCUGCUGGAGGCGCGCAGCGACAGCGACGCGUCGGGCGACGCGCGCGCCAUCCGCCGCCAGCUGCGCGGCCUCGAGACCAUGUACGCCGAGGUGCUGCAGCUGCUGGGCGUGCGCCGCCCGCCGCCCGCCGCGCGCGCGCCCGCCUUCGACCCCAGACUGUCGUCGAAGCGCCGCUAUGGCAGCAUGUCGUCGCUGCCGUCCAGCUCCGUGAGCAGCCGCCCCGCGCGCGACAAGCGCCGCGCGCACGACGCGCGCAAGAAACACGACAUGAAGGGCAUCAACAAGCGGUUCCAGCGGCUGGAGUCGCACGUGGUGACGCUGGCGCGCUCCGUGGCGCACCUCUCCAGCGAGAUGCGCUCGCACCACCUCGUGGCGCAGGAGGUGGACGCCGUGCGCGCCGACCUCGCCGCGCUGCGGCACAUGUACAGAUCCCAGCAGUACAUAAGGUCCGGCCACCACCGACACCUGGACCCGUACUCCUUCAGCAACCCGGACCGCGUGAAGCGCCUCACCAAGUUCUUCGGCGACGAGCCGCCGCUCAUGAGGCUGUUCUUAAAGAAACUGGGAUAUGAGAAAUACGCAGGUCUCCUGGAGAAGGAGAAGGUGGGAGCGGCGGAGCUGCCGUACGUGGGCGAGGACCGCCUGCGCGCGCUCGGCGUGCCGCUCGGCCCGCGCAUGCGCAUCCUCAAGGAGGCCGGCCUGCACCACGACCACCGCGACCUGCGCGACCACCGCGACCACCGCGACCUCCGCGACCGCGACGACCACACCGCCACCACGCUCGCUAUCGUA